GUCGAGGACUAUCCUCAGGGCUACCCCCGAUACUCGGCCCUGAUAGCUUCAGAUGAGGCGUUCUACAUCUGUCGAGGGUUCUCCUAUCUGAGAAGCCGCCUACUUCUGCGCAAACAAGACAAGCUUGCCGUCCUCGAGAAGCGUCUGAGGGAGAUGGAUGACGCCGAAACGGUCCCGCUCUUCCUGGGGGCAUCUCGAGAAGACGCGAAUAUGCAUCGUCAGCAGAUUCUCGACGAGAUAGACGUGGCCCUGUCAGAUUACUACGAGUUCAUGGAAAAAAUAUCCCAUGCCCUCAGCUUGAGACGGCCUCCGCGACGUAAUGUGACCAGUUUAUCAAAUUGGCUGGAGGGCAACGCUGCACUGGCGCGAGACGAGACGGCAUACCUGUGCAACACCGAUGACCUCGUCAGUCUGAGCUGUUCAGGGGAUGGGCUAGUCACAUCUAUGGAGGGUGUGGUUGAGGAUGCUCUAAUUCGUUUCCAUAAGGGAUUUAGAUCCACCAUGGAAAAGCUACCGGGACACCGCCGAUCGAGAGACGCACAUGUCUACUUAUACUCAGGCGCCCUUGUCAGACGUCUCUCGCACGUCGCCACCUCUGCGUUCGUGGCGUUGCUGUUAAUCGCGCCCAUCAUCGCUUGCUUUGUCGUGCAGAGCAUACCACUUCGCCUGCUGCUCAUAUUACUCGCGACUAUACUGUUGCUGAUGACCCUGGCAACAUUCUCAUACCGAAGAACAGUUGAGCUGUUCAUGGCCGGAGCCACGUCCGUAUCCCCAGCCAUCAUUCAUUACUAG